AUGCCUCCCAAAUUCGAUCCAAAUGACCCAGCGGUGGUGGAGCUGAUUUCACUAUUUCAGUCAAUCGGUCUAUCUUCUGCAAAGGCUACCGAAGCGGCUCGCGCGUCCAAGGCGGCUACAUCGCUAAAGGAACUCAUCCAGGCACAUGGGCUUGAGAGCAAGGGUCUUGACGAGAAGCAGGGGGCGCUCGUCACCUCGCUCUCGACCCAGGGUGCCAAACUUGGGCCGGCCGAGAAGACAUAUGCCGUUGACGCGAUCGUUGACCGCCGCCUAAAGAGCGGGGAACAGCUUUCUGCUGCCAUCAAGUAUCUAAGUAAUCACCCCGUUCCUGUAGAUGAUGCCGAGUUUAACAAGGAGUGCGGCGUUGGCAUUGAAUUUUCACUGAGCGAUAUUGCCGAGAGAGUGAAUGCGUACAUGUCAUCCAAGGCGCCUGCCAGUUGGUCCGCUCUGAGCGGUGCCAUCGGAGACCUUAAGUCGGCGGAACUCAGAUGGGCCAGCCCUCUUGACGUCAAGAACGCUGUAGAGAAGGCGUUUACUGACUUGUUUGGCUCCAAGGAGGAGGCGAAAGCAAAGGCUUCGAAGGAGGCCAAGAAGCCAGCGGCUCCAGCUGCGGCAGCGUCAACUUCAAAAGGCGAAUCGGCGCCCACAAGCUCUGCAGCUCCAGAGCGUGUCGUAUUCGAAGAAGGUUUCCUAAAGGCGUUGCACAAGCCAGGAGAUAACCCUCAGAUUAGCCCCAAAUUGCGCGAUCAACAUUUGGAGGCGACUGGCGGGAAUGUCUUUACUCGAUUCCCGCCGGAGCCGAACGGCUUCCUACAUAUCGGUCACUCUAAAGCCAUAUUUGUUAAUUUCGGAUACGCGGCACACCAUAACGGCAAAUGCUACCUACGAUACGACGACACGAACCCCGAAGCCGAAGAGGCGAUAUACUUUGAGAGUAUAUUGGAAACCGUGCGCUGGCUUGGGUAUGAACCGUACAAGAUCACGUACUCGAGCGAUUACUUCCAGGAAUUAUACGACUUGGCUGUGAAACUGAUCAAGGUCGAUGGGGCGUACAUAUGCAAUUGUACCGCUGAGGAGAUUAAGGCAAACCGCGGGGGUGAAGAGAGAGGUCCCCGCAAGGCGUGUGUGCAUAGGACGCGACCGAUCUCAGAAUCAUUGGCGGAAUUUGAGAACAUGAAAAAUGGAAAAUACAAACCUGGCGAGGCCAUCUUGCGUAUGAAGCAGGAUCUCGAGGACGGCAACCCGCAGAUGUGGGACCUCAUUGCGUACCGCACGUUGAAUGCCCCACAUCAUCGCACAGGGACCAAGUGGUGCAUAUACCCCACAUAUGAUUUCACGCACUGCUUGGUUGAUAGUUUCGAGAACAUCUCACAUUCGUUAUGUACGACCGAAUUCAUUCUAUCGCGAGUGUCAUAUGAAUGGCUGUGUGAUGCCGUCGAAGUCUACAAACCUAGACAGUCCGAAUAUGGUCGAUUGAAUUUGCAGGGUACUAUCAUGUCGAAGCGCAAGCUGCUCAAGCUCGUCACUAAGGGUUACGUCGGAGGUUGGGACGAUCCCCGACUCUACACCCUUGUGGCAUUGCGAAGACGUGGUGUUCCUCCGGGUGCCAUCCUGUCGUUUGUGGGAAAUCUUGGUGUCUCGACCGCAACCACGAAUAUCGAGCUGGUCAAGUUUGAGCAGACCGUGCGUCAGUAUUUAGAGAAUACUGUGCCACGAUUGCUCAUGGUUCUUCGGCCCCUGAAAGUGACGAUCGAGAACCUGGCUGAUGAUUACGUCCAGUUCAUUGAUAAACCACUACACCCCAAAGUUCCAUCCCUCGGUUCUAGCCGGAUACCCUUCACCAAGCACGUCUAUAUCGAUGCAGAAGACUUUAGGACAGAAGAUUCCAAAGACUAUUUCCGUCUCGCUCCCAACAAGACCGUGGGUCUUUUCCAGGCCCCGCACCCGAUUACAUGCGUAUCUUACAAGACGGAUGCGUCGGGCGCAGUGACGGAGCUUGUGUGCCGACUUGAGGAUGGGUCUGAUGGAAAACCCGUGCCAAAACCUAAAGCAUGGAUCCAGUGGGUCGCGGAACACACACCUUCCGCCAGCCCGGUGGUCAUCGACGAAACACGCAUAUUUCAUUCACUAUUCAAGAGCGACAACCCUGCGGCGACCGAUGAUUUCCUCGCAGACAUCAAUCCAAAUAGCCUGGAUGUCAUCAAGGGCGCUAUGGUCGAGGUUGGGUUUUGGCCACUUGCCAAGCGAUCCAUGUCUGAUGCUCUCAAGGAAAGCCGGGAGCGAACUGAAAAAGCAUUGAAGGAGGAAUCUGUAGGAGAGGGCGUCGGGUCUGGAGCUGCCGGUCACAAUGACACACCAAUGCCGACGGCUGAGCAACUGGUCGGAAACGAAGUAGUCAGAUUCCAAGGACUGCGGGUGGCUUAUUUCGCCCUGGACAAGGAGUCGCGCCUUGGUUGUUUCAGCGAGCCAGAUGGUGCGACACCUGGGCGUCGGGAGGGUGACAAACUUGUGUUAAAUCGAAUUGUAAGCCUCAAGGAGGACGCGGGGAAGAAGGCGGUCUAG